AUGUAUAAUUGCCCUGAAAAGAACAGUACCGUAAUAGGUACAAAAGUUAAAGCUGAAAAAUCAAAAAAGGAUCAAAAGUCCAAUAGUGAUUUGGAUGAAGUUGUUACUCAUAUUUUGAGCGACGAAAAACCAGUUUUGAACGCAUGUUCUGUUCCAAAAUGUAAACAAAAUUUGUCGAUAAUGAGUUACACUUGUCAAUAUUGUAAUAUGAAAUAUUGUAUAACGCAUAGGCAUCCCGAAUCACAUUCUCCAAAAUGUGCUGAAAAAAUUAAAAAUAGUUCAAAAUCCGAAUUUAAACAAGAAUCAAUGCGGUUUAUAACUCAGGAGAGAAGAGAUCCUGGAUCAACAAACGCAAAAAAGUUUAAUGCUGAGAAAAGUAAAGAAGAAUUGAAAAAAAAAUACAAGGAGAAAUUAGAACAUAUCAAACGUAAGGAAAGGGGCAGGAAAUAA